CCGACCACGUGUUCCAACAUUCUUUCUCCCUCGUGAUUUUUUCAUUUUGGACGGAAAAAUCAAAUCUACUUUGCUGAUAAACAUGAAGAGUCUAGCGCAGAUUCAGCAGGAGAAGCAAGAGCGCGUCGCUAAGGUAAAGAAAAGAGAACGAUUAGAAAAAGCCGGCCAGAAGGAAUCUGCGAGUAUGCUCCAGAACGCCGGUAUAUGGGGUACAUCAUCACAGUGUUUGAAUUGGGCUAAUUCGAGCGCAUCAAGCAGCCAAGGGUGGUCCAUAAAUUCCGGUACUACUGGUUUCUGCGAUUCUACAGCUGUUAAGUUGUCCACCACCACGAAACAGCCGGCUAAACAAGCUACAAUUACAAAACCUGUAUCUAGCCAGCAACAGCAGCAGCAACAACAGCAAAAUAGUAAUAAUAAAGCAUCCAAAAAUAAGAAUAAGAAAGAGGAGGAACUAGUAAAGGAAUUGUUUGAACAGAACACUGCCAAGACCGACGAAUUCACGCAAUGGUGUAGUAAAACAUUGAGCAGUAUACAGGCGUCUGUGGACAUCCCUACGUUCGUUACAUUCUUGCGAGACCUCGAAACACCGUAUGAAGUUAGAGAGUACGUUCGCGUUUACGUUGGGGAUACCAAGCAGAGCAUGGAAUUCGCCAAGCAAUUCCUCGAAAAACAAAGCAAACUGCGAUCAGCGCAACGUCCUCAGGUACAAGCUGAUGACUUGUGCAAGCCAGCUAUUAACCCAGCACCCGCUAUUAAUCCAAAUGCACCUGCAGAAUUCCAAGAGGUUAAGGGAAAAUCCAAGAAACCAAAGAAGGGAAAGAUGUUCAAAGUGGAUAACAGGAACCUUGACUUCAGUGUAACUGCUGCUCCCGAUCGUAUUAACGUAGGUGAUCGUGAUUAUGGCGAAGGCUUAACGAACAAGCGAGCGAACGAGAGAACGAGAGAGCGAGUAAGUAAUAGACGAAAAUUGAGGAAAUAAGGAUAGGAGAAGGAGAGGAGAAUGAAAGGAGAAAGAGAGGAGAAAGAAAGGAGAAAGGAGAAGAGAGGAGAGGAAACCAAGAGGUCAAAGAGGACUAAGGAGGACGAGGCAGCAAAAAGAAGGGAAGAGGAUCUAUAUAAUGGACGCGUGACAGGAUGGAGGAAAUCCGAGGAGUACUGAGCAGGGAAAGCAGAAGAAGAUGGCCAGAGAGAUGCAGAAUGGAAGAGGGAAGGAAGGGAAAUAAGUUGUGAGGUCGCUCAAUGGCCAG